AUGGCGGCCGCACUGCUGCCGGAGACGGCGUCGCGGCUGCUGACUCCGGAGACCCUCCGAACGGCGGCCAAGCAGUCUCAGGGCAUCCACCGUGUCCCCAUCUCCCUCCGCCGCGCCAUCAAGCGCUACCUCCGCGACCAGGACAAGACGCACAUGCACCGAAAGGUGCUGCUGCUUUCGUCCUCCUUCGAGCGCGCAAAGGGCACCGGUGCGGAGCUGGCUGCGGCGUCAACCCGUAGCGCACUCCUCGACGACCCCCACGCGCCUGCGAGCGCCGAGCAGCGGACUGCACGGUGGAAGGUUCAGUCCUCCUACGGAGAUACCGGCCUUCUGUACCGUGAGGAUGAGACGGUCGCGUAUGUCGCCUCCCGCAUGCCUGCAAUCUACGCCGCAUGCCACCGCGUGCUCCGUGAGGUUCGUCGUCGGUCUCCAGGUUUUGCACCUAAGAACGUGUUGGACUUUGGAGCGGGGCCAAGCUCAGCACUUUGGGCAAUGAGGGCAGUGUGGCCAAAGUCCAUAGAGAGGGUUAAUUUGAUCGAGCCCUCCAAAGAAAUGCAGAGAGCGGGACAGACCCUUCUUGAUAAUUUGAAGGGAUUGCCACUUAUCCACAGCUAUGAUAGCAUCCAAGAGUUGAACCGCAGCAUCGAGAAACAUGAGCGACGUCACGACCUUGUAAUAUCAUCCUACGCACUUGGGGAGAUUCCUUCAUUGAAUGACCGUAUAACAAUUGUGAGGCAACUUUGGGACCUAACAAGAGAUGUUUUGGUUUUGUUAGAGCCUGGAACUCCUCAAGGGUCAAAGAUUAUAAGCCAAAUGCGCUCAUAUAUCCUUUGGAUGGAAAAGAGAAAGUGCCGCAAGAGCGGAAAAUCUACAGCUGCUGCUCCAAGUAAAAUGAAGAGUAUGGUUCUUCAAGAAGAUUUGCUGAAAGAUGGUGCCUUUGUGGUUGCCCCCUGUCCUCAUGAUGGUCGGUGUCCAUUGGAGAAUUCAGACAAAUACUGCCACUUUGUUCAGAGAUUGGAGAGGACGUCAUCACAGCGUAUCUACAAGAGGUCAAAAGGUGUGCCUUUGCGUGGUUUUGAGGAUGAGAAAUUCUGUUAUGUUGCUUUAAGAAGGGGCAAGCGACCAGAGGAAGCUUGGCCACUUGAUGGAAUGAAAUUUGAUACUCUUAAAGAACGUCAUGCCAAGAGAAACCCAGAAGAUCUUAUCAUUGACUAUGACGAUCAAUUUCCAAGUGAGGAAGAUGAAGAAGCUCCUGGCAGCGACGAGGACAGUUUGGUCCCAUAUGCUUCUGAUACACAAGAACUAAGUCUAUUCCAUGAGAGUGGAGAGGAGGAAGAGGAACCCAUCCGUGCUGAUCUUGGAGGAGGCUGGGGCCGGAUUAUAUACAGCCCCAUUCGAAGAGGAAGACAAGUACAGAUGGAUGUUUGCCGUGCCACCAAACGGGAUGCGUCUGAAGGCGCGUUCGAGCGUGUGGUGGUCACACAAAGCAAGAACCCUGCUUUGCAUCUUCAGGCCCGGAAGUCGCUUUGGGGUGACCUUUGGCCAUUUUAG